CGACAAGCCACUGCUUCUCUCGGUGCGCAGAGCAUGAAACGGAAGAUGGGCUUUAAGCUCCUUAUUGUUGCAUCUUUCGAACGCCUUCAAUUGUGUUGGUGCAGCUUGUGGCCGUGUAUACACCGAACCCGGCCGUUUCCUAGGAACAUCAUCCUACCUUUUUUCUCAUUGCUUUCAUUCUUCAGUUACUUCACAUUCCUGCUGGUUUACAAUGUCUGACAACGAACACGGACUCUCGCGCAAGCGUCCCGCAGAUUUUGAAGAACUUUUCGAAGACGGAGGAGACGCAAAGGAGAACUUUGAGGACGAAGAUGAAGUGAUUGACGAAGACGGCAACGUUGUUGGUGAUUUGGAUCUUUCCAAAGCAGGAACACAGGCAUGGCUGGUCAAGAUCCCAAAGUUCCUGGCCGAUAGAUGGGCUACAGUCAAUAAGGAUGGCGUCGAUCUCGGUAAAGUCAGGAUAUUCAACCAAACAAACCCCAACGAUCCAGAUUCUGCACCAUUUCAACUACUUCUUCCAUCGGACGACAUCACAACAAAUCUUCCAAAGACAUACACGCUUAAGAUGAAUCCUAGUCAGGUCACAAACACCUUUGUCUUCACAGAACCCACAGGACCUCAUCCAAAACCACCCCAUGCACCUGGAUAUCCCACAGGAAAAGCAACCUCUCUCUCGGCCACGAUCAAGCACGAGUGCACAGUUACGCCGCAGCAAACAACUGAGUAUCGCGAGAUUAUGAGAGAGCGCAACAUUGAGGCUGCCAAGAAAGGAGGCCGAUCAGUUCAGAUUCUAACAAAUGAAAACAACAGAGCCGAUCCCUCAGGCGGUCGUAGUGGCAUGUUCUUGCCCGGUGUGGGUAUUCGUAAUGGUUUCAUCCAAAAGAAGCCGAAGGUACAACCAGAUCAAAAGACGACGCGCAUGCCCAGGAAUGAGCUUGUGGAUAUGCUGUUUGCGGCGUUCGAGCAGUAUCCUUAUUGGUCUUUCAGGGGUUUGGUUGAGUACUGCAAGCAGCCACAUUCAUAUCUAAAGGAGGUCUUGGCCGAGAUCUGCAACUUCAUUAAGAAAGGACCUUACACAGCAAAGUACCAGCUCAAACCAGAGUUCAUCAAGGAACGCAACGCAGCAGCAGCAGCAUCAGGGGCAGGGUCCUCCAGCUCAGCAAGCAAAGCUAUUGUCAACGCCGAACUUGAGACAACGUUCAACCCUGCAGCUGUUGGAGUUGCAUCGGGCGAGACUGCGACCCAGAUGGACUCAGAGGUACAAGAGGCAUUGGACGACGACGAUGAAGACUUUGAUGAGGAAGACGAUGAUAUGGUGGAAGUUCAAGUGAGUUGAACGCCGCUAGCCUGUCAGUUACUGCGUUGAUCAAUACUCUAUCCGAUUUUUCUUCUUUUCCAUGUCGCUCGGUCUCUCAGUCUUCUCUUCUCUCAAGCUGAAGUGCUUUUUGUAAUAAAAAGUUAUAAGUGCGAUGUAAUCGUUUACUGCACGUCAAAU